UCACGCUUCUUUCUGCUCUGACUGUACAUACACGUGCCGAAGUAGUCACAUCAAGUCGUAAAUUUUGCAUUUUCUACUAAAAUGCGUAUAGAAACGUGUUACUUUUGUUCGUCCCGGAUUUAUCCGGGACAUGGAAUACAGUUCGUACGAAACGAUUGCAAGAUAUUCAAGUUUUGUCGCUCAAAGUGUCACGCCGCGUUCAAAAAGAAGAAGAAUCCCAGGAAAGUCAAAUGGACCAAAGCCUACAGAAAGACUGUUGGCAAAGAAUUGGCGGUGGAUCCAUCAUUUGAGUUUGAAAGACAGAGAAACAUACCUGUUAAAUACAAUAGGGAAUUAUGGAAUAAAACUGUGGAGGCUAUAAAGAAAAUAGAAACUAUCAAGCAGAAACGUCAGAAUCUGCACAUUAUGCAAAGGUUACGUAAAGGAAAAGUACUGGAGCAAGAGAAGGAUAUUAAGGAAGUGCAACGUGAUAUAUCUCUCAUUCGUUCGCCAGCUGCUGGCCUCAAAGAGAGGAAGAAAUUGGAGGAACAGGAGCAGAAGGAGAUGGAAUUAGAAGUAGAAGAAGAAGUAGAUUGCAAUACAAGCUCAACAAAUGCCAAGAAGGUUAAAUUUCGUGAGGAAGUCAUGGAGGUUAAUUAAAUUAUUCUGUGCAUUUUA